AUGUAAUUUUAAAAUAAAUCCUUUAUAGAACCUUCUGAAUGGAUAUGGCACGUUGAAGAUAUCGAAAACGAUAAGGGAGUCUACGUAGAUCUCAAAUUAAAUCCAGAAGCAUAUACAGGAUAUUAGGGACAACACAUAUGGGAUGUGAUUUAUAGAGAGAAUUGCUAUUAGGGUAUUUUAUUAUAACUCAAUUUGAAUAAUAGGUUCUUUGGAUUAAAUGUGCAAAGAGAAAAGAGCAUUAAAUAAGUUAGUUUCCAGGUCUACAUGCAUCAAUUAUCAACUUAAUUAAGUGAAUUUUACGUGGAUCUUAAAACGAAUAGAACAUAUCCUAAUUAUUCUUCAAAGAAUCAAAAAUCUUUUCUUUUUAUAUUCUGUAUUUGUUUCGUAGCAAUAAUUUUGGCUACUCCUGGAAUCCAAUAAUAUGAUAUCAACUCUUUAUCCUUUGAGGAUGAUUUGAGAUCUAAAUAAUUAUUAAAUCAAAUUUUAUCUCUAAGCAACUCAUAAUGCUCAAGACCUUUCGAUGAAUAAUAAUUUUUUAAAUAAAUCACAUUUGAGUAAAAGAAGGAUUAUUAAAGAUACAUUCACAAUAUCAGUAGAAUAAUGGAUUGUGUGGAAUGCUAAAAAUGUAAGGUAUUUGGAAAAAUGCAAACUUAUGGAUUAGGAACUGCCCUCAAGAUAUUAUUUUCAGAAUCUCCUAGUGAGUUUUCUGGUAGAUUGAAAAGAAAUGAACUAGUUGCAUUAAUCAAUACUUUUUGGAAAGGUAUCAAGUUCUGUGAAUUCUAUUGA